UUUUACUCGUGUAUCUUUCUUUAAAAGAGUUACAUAAACUAUUUCAGCGUAAUCAUGUUUAUUCUUUUGUGCACCGAAACACACAUCCAGGUGCUGGCUUUUCAGUCGGCUCCACUUCUCUCUGAUUGGGUGGUGAUGUAUCCGUUCACAACGUAGCCUGGAGUUGGAUGUCAUGUGUGCACCUUGCACUGCAUCAGCGUCAGCCAUGUCUACUUUUUAUUCCACAGUACUGCAGAAGAUAUUGUUAUCAUCAGACUGAAGCUCCGGGCAUAUUGUUGAGCUCAAAGGUACUGCAGAACAGAUACAGCUUUAGCACUAGAAGAAAAAGCAACUCCUCAUCGGCAACAACUAGCAUGGUCUCAGAACUGCCUGAAGAACCAGUGUGCAAUGCGAUUCCAGGUGUUGUUUAUGAAUACCAGCCUAAAUAUGAUCAGUAUGGCAUUUCUGGAGAUUAUUACAGUGUUGAUCAACAGAGAACACUGGGGGAGAUCCUCACCUACUGCCAGGUCAUGUAUGAUGCCAUCCGGAAGCUCGAUCAGAAAUUUGACCAACUCCAAGCGAAAGUCACAAAUGUGCAGGCUGUGCAUUUGGGUCCCUCGCUGUUAAAAAAAAAACCAGUGGUACCUCCCAGUACAGACGUUGAUGAGGUCCACAUACAGGUCUCUCCCGAGGGCAAUGCUGGGCUGACGAUGCCUCAGCAGAUCCAGACAUGCCCCCCUUUCUUCCAGCACCAAGUUGGUGCUGAGCAGCCUGAUAUCGUAUCUCCAGCUCCCAGCGUCCACAGCCCUUCACUGGUGCUACCUUUCCAGUCCCCAAAUCAGCACAGUGUGCAUCUACACUCCAUCGUCUCUACCGAUUUCACAGCACAGGACCCAGAGCCCUGCCACAGCAUUGGUGAGGCCAGCAGAGAUCAUCUGUUAGAGGAGGCUGAUGUCAAAGCCAGACACAAGACCAAACAAGUUGGCCAGCCUUCGAGACGCUCCUGUACCAGUCCAGACAGACCAGGGCUGCCAGACAUGGAUGAUACUUCUUUCUCAAUCCCUGCUGCUUCCAUUCUGCACACAGAGUUGAUUGGGGACCCUGGACGAAAGGUUACAAUUCCUACGAAUGUGCUGCAGAAACUUUCCCAAAAAACAAAUCCGAGGAACACUGUGCGAUUCCUGCUGCGUGCCCUGUUCUCUAUCGAAACUCUGACCUGCAGCAAUGUAAUGGGGGACGUGGGGCGAGGGCUCAGCAAACUAGACCCCAAUAAAAUAGCAGCUAUGAGAGAAUGGCUUGUUGAAAGAUUUCCGAGUUACGAUCUGCGGGAAAAAGGGAGAGACUGGAGGGCCUGCAUUUCAAUCAUAAAUUCCGCUGUGAGGCAAAUGCGCUUUGAAGCAAGAAAACUUAGAAAACUUCAGAUGAACUCAACUGGACAAGCAAAUCCACCAGGAGAGACCCCUCACAAUGAGAAAGAUGAACAAAGAGAAGGAGACAGAACAGAAGAGCAGCCGUUGGGAAUGGUGGAGGCAGCUGAGAUCUGUGUGGAGCUGGAAUCUGACAGUGAGGAAGAGUACAGCUCCCUACCAGUCCUGGAGAGUCCGAAGCUGUUCAGUGAGGAGUCUGUCGAGUAUCUUGGUAACCCCAUGAGAGGAGUCAGGGUGGCCCACUCUGUGAUGCUUGCAGCCAGGCAGAAGAGGAAGCCAGAGUCUGCAGCUCGUUUCCUCAUCAGACACAUAUUCCCUGACCGAGUGCUGCUGAAAAGCAACGUGCACGGGAGCAAGGAGCGAGGCAUCCCUGCCCUGGAUUUCAGCAAGAUCAGUGCACUGCGAGAGUUCCUCAAAGAGCAAUUCCCUGAGUUCAAGCUGAAUGAAGAUGGAUAUGAUUGGAAAGUGUGUGUGAUUGCCAUGAACGCCACUAUCCGCAGGUUCAGAUACGACCUGCAAAAGUUCAAAAGAAUGACCAGAGCUGACAGCCGCUAGGAUGAGAACAGUCAACAUCCACCUUCUUAAGAUGAGCCUCAGUACAAACAAUACUACCAGGCAAGACUGCAACCAAUUUGACAUGGUUAUACAUGGUUUUGUAUUGUUCUUAUUAUAUUUCUACUUACAUUUUCAUUGGUAUUUUUAAAAAAAAUACAGUUAAGACAAAUAAGUUAAAAUUGAAGAAACAAUUGGCAAAAUGUCAACAGUGGGCACAUUUCCUAUAUCAUACAGUUACUAUUGUUAAGGCAAUUUGCCUAUAGUUGAAAAUAUGUGUGUAGUUUCAUAUUUAAAAUGAUCCUGUACUAAUCAAGUUCAACUAUCUAGUUUGAUUAGCAGUAGUCUUGUCUUGUCCAGGCUAUUCCACUGCCGACCGUGGGAGGAGGGCUUAGUUCGGCCAGGGUGUCCUCGGCUCACCGUGCACCAGCGACCCCUGUAGUCUGGCAGGGCGCCUGCAGGCUUGCCUGUAAGCUGCCCAGAGCUGCAUUGUCCUCCGACGCUGUAGCUCUGAGGUUGCUGCAUGGUGGGUCUGCACUGUGAAAAGAAGCGGUCGGCUAACGGCACACACUUCGGAGGACAGCGUGUGCUCAUCUUCGCCCUCGCGAGUCAGCGCAGGGGUGGUAGCGGUGAGCUGAGCCUAAAAUAAUUGGCUAUUCUAAAUUGGGAGAAAAUUAUCAAAAAAACAAUUGGUGAUGACUACAUUUUUUGAAAAAAAAUAAGGCCAAAUUGUGGAAAGCUAAGGAUUCUAUUUUUGUGGAUGAUGCUUUAAUAAUAAUAAAUUACCGAACAAUUACCAUGUUUGACCACCAGAUGGAACCAAUGACAGUGUCAAAGUAACAGUCUUAGUCUUUUUUCCUAUCGGCUGUAAAUCCCAUUUAUUGUACUGUAAUCCUCCUGGUAUCUGUAGCUUCUCUCUGCCUACAGCACUGCAGGGUUGUCUGCCUUACACACUGUUUAUCAGUCUUUGUCCAGGGCAUAAUUCAGAAAUUAGUCUGGUUCAUCUGUUAUAAUGAGUGCCCUUCCCAAUCAGAACAUCUAAAGUAUUCCUUGUGUAAUACAAGAUUCAUCUUCCCUUGGACACAAAUCAGAUUAUAUUCACCCUCUGCAUAUCCUAGAAGUGGACUAAUAGUGUUACAUUUUUAACAAGGUUUUAUCUCUAUCUUAAACACAUUGAAAAUCGGUCAAUUGCUUAACAGACAGGUCAGAAGUAAAGCUCUUCUGCUCAUCCCUUUGGGUAUUUUUUUAUUUUUUUUCUUCAGUUUGUAAAUGUCUGUUGUAAAUGAUAAAAUACUGGCCUCUCAAGUGACAUUGGAUUUUAUUUUUUUUAUUAUUGCUGUUUCUGUCACACUCUUAGGCGUUUGUGUGUAGAUGAACAUGUCUCAUAGGAUGUCUUAAUGAUUUCUUUCAUAUAAACCUUUAACAUAUGGUUGAAAGACAGCUCUUCCAUCAAGCUUGUGAAGACGGCCGUAUCCAGACGCUGACCCCUGAAUGAACCCUGAAGGAGGUUUCCUGAAGCGUUGCCAUUUCCUAACUACCUGUUUCUGCACAAGUCACAGGGGUAGCUGUCGUAGUCUGUCAAUAAAUGUUCCAUGCAAUCUCAAUAAUACCUUCAUUUUGUCCAUGGUAUGUUGUUGUUGCUACCUGCCACAUUUCAGUGCUGUAUGGCACUGUCCCAGGCAUGUUCAAUGAAACUAUCAGGUUAAUUUAAACUAAUUAGUACUGUACACACUGAAAGAGUCACCAUAAGCAGAAGCAUUCGCCUUACAGAGUAAGUAGCUUCCUAUCACACAUCCUUUACGUUGUUAUGAUGUUUGCAGUCAUUGAGUGGUUCUUAUUACAAUCUCUUCAGUUCUGUGUUUUUCAGUAUCCUGCCACAGAUACAGGUAAUACAGGCCAGCCAGAGUCUCUUUAUGGUAUGUUUAUUGCCAGCAAAAUAAAAGGAAACUCAAUCACUCGAUGGCUCUGGUUCUAUGAAGACACAUUGACUGAUCUAGCCUAUCUAACAUGUAUCUAUGGCAGGCAACUAGAACAUUAAAGCCGCUCCUGAACUCUGAUGAAAGCACCUUAACACAGACUUAGCUUGAAGCUCUUUAAACAUGUCAGCCCUCUGUUUACAACAUUAGUGAAGAGUAGUCCAGACCACAGUUUGCCCAAGACUGAAUGCAAGUCUCUGACUGAGGUACAUUGGUGAUUUUUGUGGCUUUUUGUGGUCUUUGCCUUUUAAAAAAGCACCAAAAAUGUAUAUGCAGCACUGUGUCAAAUAAAAUGACUGGAUUGUA